AUGGGCCAGUUGUUCGUUGGAGGUGCUGGAAAACACCUACCAUAUAUUUCAAUGCCGGAGGAGUGUGUGCAACCGGAGGAGUGUGGAAACGGAUUGAUUGACCCUGGCGAAGAUUGCGACUGUGGUUCAUUUCCAGACAAUAUCUGUUCCAGGAAAUGUUGUAACAUGGCAAAGUGCAAGAUUUUUGCUGGAUAUGAAUGUGCUACAGGGCUGUGUUGUGAUUUGAACAUAUGCAAGCACAAACCUGCUAGAGAUAUUUGCCGGGAGGUGCAAGACGAUUGCGAUAUUGUGGAUGAAUGCGAUGGAAGUUCAAGCCUCUGCAAAGAUUUGCAUAAACAAGAUGGAACCAUGUGCCUGAAUCGUUACUUCUUUCUGAACGGCAUAUGUCUAUCGAGAAACAGACAGUGCUCACUGUUAUGGAGCGACAACCGCAGCGUGUCGGCUGGUGAAGCGUGCUACCUUCGCAACAAACUCACUACAAACGGAUGCUUCAAUUGUGAUUACGACUCCGAAACAAAUAUCGCUCAACCUUGUGAUUUCAAAGACAGGUACUGUGGAAAAUUACUAUGUGCCGUCAGUCACUCUGCCGUUUUAAACAAACAUAACCACCAUCAUGUCGGUUUAUCAUGCGUAUGUUCGUUAUUUUACGUUAGGAGCGCAGGAAAACAUUUCUCCUACGUUUCAGAUGGAACUAGAUGUGACACAAACAAGGUAUAUCUAAUCAAGAUGAAUUUAAUUUGUCGUGUUACGAUGGAGCAAAAAAGCCGGCAAAUAUUUACGAGCAACUUCGCCGUCUACAUUGCCGAUGAAAAUCACAUGCACAAGAAAGUUCAUAAACUGAAAUUAGAUUGCCACUACCAAGGACACGUGGAUGGCAAUCAAUCACAAGUGGCUGUCCUCUCACUGUGCUCCAGUGUCAGCGGUUUUUAUCAAAGAGACAAUGAGGUUUUUGAAGUGAUGUCCAAACAAAAAGGAUCGUUGGAUGCGGUUGUCGUGAAGAAAGUUGACGUUCCAAGAUCAUCAUUUUGUGGAGUUCGUAACACUUUGAUGGCAAGCAGAAAAAAUUUGAAAAAUGUAAAGAAGAUGGUUCCAGUUGAAAGAAAUGUGACAGCCACACUUGAUAGAGAAAUCAGAAUUGUCAAGAUAUUUGUUGCUGUCGACUAUGAUGUUUUGUCAUCAUUUGACGGUAUCCUAACAACUUUUAACUUCUUUCUCAUGCAGAACUCGUUUUUCAAGUCGGAUGUGAACAUCACGGUGGAUUUCCUACUGAAUGCGUUCAUUGCUGCAAUACUAUCAAGAACAAGACAUUAUGAUAACCAUUUUGGGUCUAGUAAUUUGGGGUUCUCCAAAAAUAGUAUUGAAACCAAGAGAUACAUGUGA